GACUGACUUGCAAUGACACGAACACCAUGGAGCAAACCUCAUUUUUUUGUGUGACUCCGCUGCACCAACCACUAUGAAGAGAACUAGAGCGAAUGCUGUCUGCCUUGCCACCGGUGGUAUUUGGAGGGGUUCGGGGUCUGCCUCCCUCCCCAUCAGCCUUCAUCUGGUGAGCCAGUCAGGAGAGAAGGCUGAACAAAGCCAUGGGAGAGAGGAGCUUCUGGGGGAGUGAAAGAACUGACUCUCACUGACUCUGUCGCCUGGACAACCGGAUGAUGGGAGAAAUGAAAUUGCAGAGUACAAGUUCACAUCAUCAGGAAUGGACCCAGCAGGCCUGAACACCCCACCUGUAAUGCCUGUCUCAUCAGCCUCAGGUGCCACUAUGGACUUGGAGGACGAGCCGCUGCUGUUUCAGACGAGCUGGGGAGGGGAGGAUGAGGAAGAGGAACAGGAGGAAGAGGAAGAAGUCGCGCACAUAGCCGGGGGAAACUGUUUCUCCGGGGAUAUCGGAGUGUGCUGGGUCUGGAGGGCAAUUGGUUUUGUGUACACACAACCUUUGGCCAGCGGAGUGGUUUUAGGAGUCGGUGUCCUGCUACCUUGUGCCCUGUUUGCCUACAUGCUCCUCUACUGCCCUCCACUGGACAUAGACCUCUCCUACAGUGCCUUCGAGGUUCACAGCCACUUCUCUGCGGAGCGCUUUGAUGCCCUCACAAUCGCCAUAAAGACCCAGCUUGGGUCCUGGGACAGACGUAGGCGUGACCUAGAUGAGAGCGAGUCGACGGCCUUACGGGACCUUCUGCUUGAGAGGCUGGGUAAAAAGGCUGAUGGAGUAUUCAGAAGGACAGAUAAUGAGGGUACAAAUUCUACCUUCCCUCACAAUGACCUUUUACAAAGAGCAGAUGAUCAGAAGAGAGGAGCCGCAGCGAGCAGAGAUAAAAGGACAGUGUCCGAUUUGAGUCAGGAGGAAACGGGAAAGCACAAGAACUCAGAUCAAGAGGAGAGAUCAGGGGAUAGAAAUGCCACUUUGUCAUUCAUUAGGAAGCGCAGAUUCGCUCCCAGCUACUCCUACUUGCAGAGCCAGGCUCUGUGGAGGAUUGAGCUGGUGUUCAUCGCUCAAGGGGAAGGCGAUCACAAUAUCUUCACCCCGGAGCGUCUGGAAACCAUCCACCAAGUUGAGCGCCUGCUCAUGCAGCACCCCCAGUUCCACCAGUUCUGCUGGAAGCCACUGGAGGCGUUGAGGGAUCUGCCACUGGGCCCUUCCUACUGCUCCCCACCCAGCUCUCUCCUGUCCUACCUCUACCCCAGUGAACGAGGGGGCAAGAUCUACUAUGAUGGCAUGGGCCCUGACCUGGCUGACAUUCAUGGUUCUCUGAGUCUGGCCAUCACCCACCCACAGUUCUACUGGUACGUGGAUGAGAGCCUGUCCCCUGAGCAUCUCUCCUCCUCUCUCUUACGCAGUGAGAUCCACUUCGGUGCUCCUCUUCCGUCCUACUACUCCCUGCAGGACCGAGCGGAGGAGCAGAGAACCCGCUUCAAAAACUUUGUGGUUCAGUAUGCUGAUAUCCUGGCAAAGCAAUCCACCAGCCAGUUGAAGGUGCUUUAUGGGGGAACUGAGCUGUUUGAUGAUGAGGUGAGACACACUUUCCACAACGAUAUGAUGCUGGCUGUCAUCAGCGGAGCCUGCAUUACUGUGCUGGUCUAUGUCCUCACCUCUUUUUCUGUGUUUCUUACUUUCUUUGGGCUGGCCAGCAUUGGACUAAGCUGCUUGAUGGCUCUUUUUGUGUACCAUGUUGUGUUUGGUGUGAGGUACCUGGGUAUUCUUAAUGGAGUGGCAGCCUUUGUUAUUAUUGGCAUCGGCGUGGAUGAUGUAUUUGUGUUCAUCAGCACCUUCCGACAGGCGUCUCAUCUGCUUCACCCAGAGCAGCGUAUGAUCUAUACCAUUAAAACCGCUGGCCGAGCUACUUUCCUCACCUCCUUCACCACUGCAGCUGCCUACGCUGCUAACACCUUCUCCCAGAUCCCAGCCGUGCAUGACUUUGGCCUAUUCAUGGCCCUGAUUGUCAGCUGCUGCUGGCUUUGGGUUUCCAUCCUGAUGCCGGCCGCUCUGUGUAUCUGGUCUCGAUGUGCCAAGGCCCACGGAUAUGCCUGGUUGAAAUGGUGGAAGUCAUUUGCUGGCCUGUCAGCGAGCCACAGUCCUUUAUCAGAUGAGGAUGAUGAUGUGGCACUUUUGUCGGUGGAGAUGGAGCCAGGCUCCUGUGACACAGACGGCGAUGCAGCCGUUCUGUCCCUGUCUGUAGAGACGCCUCUCUCCCCUCCAGGGCGGCAGCAUGUGGGUGUGGUGAGCACAAAUCUCCAGUGGGCCCUGAAGCACUUAGUGGCAGAGCCAGCUGUGGAGAGACGCAGUGCUGUUUUAGGUGCCUACCUUCUGGUUCUGCUCUUAUCUGCUGGAUGCUGCUGUCUCCUGAAGCCGGCUACUCAUGCCCCUGUGCUUUUCCGCUCGGACACAAACCUCCAGACCCUCCUGGCGCUGAGAAGCAACCUGAGCGGCCAAGGCAUCUCCUGCCCCAUGUGCUCCGGUGUGUUCAUGGAGAAGCCCCACUCUUUGUACAGCCCUGCCCACAUCACCUCCUCAGCACUUAGGUUUUCAGCACAUCAGCGUAGCCAAAGCACAAUAACCUCUACUGCUCCUCAGAGCCCAGCGAAAACAGACUCAGCGUACAACACAACAGGCCCUUUGCUGACAGUAUACAUCUCAAAGCUAGACCUAGAAGCCUCUACCACGCUUUAUCGCUUCUCCCUGAACUCGAGUGUUCCCUCGCCCUGGAAACUUUUCAAUCCUGCAAAUGAAGAAGUGUCAUCAUUUCAGGCUUAUAAUCAGCCUCACAGCAAUUACACCACCCGAAUGACGGUGUGUGUUUCGCAUGUGUACCGCCCACACCCCAGUUGGAUGAUCACCUCCGGCACAUGUGACCCCCACCACGGUUGGUCGCCAGAGUUUUCCUUCUACGUGGCAUCGUCUCAACAGCAGCGCAGCAGGAGACUGUACUUUGCCCAGCACCGGCUGAGACCUCAUCCGAGCCGAGUGUGUGCCAAGCCACCAGGCUGCGGUAUCAGCUUUGGGCCUGAUAGAGCCACACAGGGAAGCUUUUACACUCCUCUCCCCAGUGAUCCUCCGUUGGCUGCAAAAAUGAAACAUCAGUCCAAAACUUUUGGCUUCAACCCAUGCAGCGGAGGCGUGUGUGGCGAGCCUGCGGUGCGUCCUCUAGUGGACACCGGGGCAAUGGUUUUUGUUGUGUUCGGGAUCCUGGGGGUCAACAGAACGCAACGCACGGACAACCAUGUGAUUGGGGAUAUGGGCAACGUUAUAUUGGAUCCAGACUUUGAUAUUUUCCAGGAGAUGGGACAUCUUUGCAAAAUCUGUAAAGCCAUUAGUGCGAAUAGAGAGCUUGUGAAGCCAGGGGGAGCGCAGUGCCUGCCUUCAGGCAAUAAGCUGUCUUCUAUUCUGCCUCUUCUCCAUCCUGAGUGUCACUCUCUGCCUGAGCCCAACCUCCUACCCGGGCAGCUAUCUCACGGAGCAGUGGGAAUGCAUGGAGGCAAAGUUCGCUGGCUGUCCAUGGCCUUUGAGUCUACUACAUACAAGGGAAAAUCCUCCUUUCAGACCCACUCGGACUUCCUCCAGUGGGAAAACUUCAUCCAAGAGCAACUCGCUGCCCUCCCACAAUCCUCCGCUCUGCAACGAGGUUUCCAGACCUGUGAGCACUGGAAGCAGAUCUUCAUGGAAAUCAUAGGUGUGGAGAGUGCCCUCUGGAGUCUGCUGCUGUCUCUGGCCAUCUGUGUGGCAGCUGUGUCUGUGUUUACUGCUCAUCCACUUCUGCUGCUGCCAAUACUCCUUACCAUCCUCGGUGUGAUCUGCAUGGUUGUGGCUGUCAUGUACUGGCUGGGCUGGGAGAUGGGAGCAGUGGAGGCAAUUUCUCUGUCUAUACUUGUGGGAUCUUCAGUGGAUUACUGCCUGCACCUGGUGGAGGGAUACCUGCUGGCUGGGGACAUCCUACCCUCUACACAUGGACACAGCUUGGAGCCUCCAGCCAAGCGGCAGAGGCGGACCCUGGAGGCAGUGAACCAUGUGGGCGUUGCCAUAGUAUCCAGUGCCGUCACCACAGUGAUCUCCACGGUCCCGCUCUUCUUCUGUGUCAUUGUGCCUUUUGCCAAGUUCGGCCAGAUAGUGGCCAUUAACACAGCCGUCUCCAUUUUGUUCACCCUGACUGUGACUGUGGCCAUGUUGGCAUGCAUGGCCCCCGCCGGCUUCACCCGAGCCCCCGGCGCUGUGCUGAAGGCCAGCUUGGCUGUGAUGGCGGCUGCAGCCUUGGGAGCUGCCCUGUGCUGGGUGGGGGGACAGCUGGGAGCACUGGCCUGGCACACAACCAGCAUGUAAAACACAGCUGUCAUUCACUGAUGACAGGCAAUGUAUUACCUCUGUAAACAAAACUAAGAGGCACCAACUAAGCACUGUAUUUUCCUCCAUGUGUGGGUGGAAUAUCAGAUCAGUAAAAUGGUCUUGUACUUUACAGCACAGAGAUGUCACAGAAUCUAUUCUAUAAUUGCAAACCGUUGUUAGACUGUAAAACCAUAGUAGUCAUGAAAUACAUUUUUUUUAAACUAGCAUUGAUCAGUGCAGGCUAAGUAUUGAAAAAAAAAAAAAUCUCACCCUCUCCUGAAAUACAGUGUAAAUGUGAUUCAUCGUAUUGGAUUGCCUUUUUGAGUUGAGAUGAUGAGUCAGUUGAGAAGUUUAUUUUGUCAGGUAUCGCCUUCAGCACAGAGGUGGAGAUCCCACUCACUGAGUAGUCGUUGGGAAAUACUUGCUGAGUCACUCUCUUCAUCAGUCAAAGGUACUGGGUUUGUAAGAGUUACUGACUGUUCUUUAACCUGCGGUUGCAAACAUCACCCGAAACUCUGGCAGAGCACUUGCACUCUGACGCUCAUAAAUAUAAGUGUUGCUAGUGCACGUAUGAUUCACAGCAAUUAUAGGAAACCUCACAAUGUCCAUUGCAUCUGGUGGGUUUUUUUUUUUUCUUCAUUAUACACCGGAUGUGAUUCCUUAGCCACGUCUGUAAUAUAGGUCAUGAGGACAAAUUCACACCAUGUGCAUUUAUGUUAAAUGUAGUAUGUGAUGUAAAUGUCUAGAUAUGCUGCUCCCACACAUUUUGAACUGUAUUUUCUAUGCUGCCAACAGACACUUGUUCUUAAGAAUUGUGCGUGCCAGUACUUCUCACGAGGUCUCUUUGAAGGUAUCAUCCUCUUCUCUGACCCCCUUUAGGUGUGUUUAGAACUACUUGAAACUAAGACCUCCUCAAACUGCUUAAAGGUCUCUGUUCUUGCCAUCAGCACCAAAUUGGAAGAGCGCCACUUGUCAGCUUCUCAGGUGUAGCCUGUACUUUUCUCUACGCAGCCCACAAUGGCUCUUACUAUAACCAACUCGGCUCCCUCCACUGCUCUCAGACACAACGAGCACCACUCCACACCCCUUGACAGCAGUGCUGGUCAGAUAAGGUGAAGGCCAUUUGUCAAACGACAUAAAACUGUAAUGGUCAAGAAGAGGGACUGACUCACUUUCCAUAAGAGCAGUAAUUUUUUUGUUGUGUGUGCUACUUGUGAAUGUCAAAUAAAACAGGCGCAGAGGAGCCUUGGGUCUUGUGAA